UUAAUAGCUGAGAGUUGCCAUUUCGUACAUUUGGAGCAGAGAGGCUCGGAGAAUGACAUUUGCGCGGCGAUUUCUGAAGACAUUAGCGUUGGGAAAUGUCAUUUGAUUCGGCUAAAUCAAAUCGUUUUAAAUGGCAUGCGUCUGUUUCAGACGUUACACCAGUUGAAUUAGGAGAAGCCAUCGAUAAUAUCGUCACUGAGAGCGAUUUCGAAUUCCUUUUAUUUACUUGACGAUUAUCCUUCAUAUUAUGAAUGAGAUAGAUGCAUUAUGUUUGGGAAAAACUUCGUUGGUCAAGGAAACUGAUUAAAAGACUUCUGAUUAUUUCACUUUUCCUUGAGAUUCCGUCCCUUUCUCUACGAACUAAUCAUGCUCGCGUGUCUGAAGAGGAUACAUCUUGCUCAAGGAUUCGCAACUUUCGUUCUUGGUGCAGUUUUCAUGUACAGCAUACAGAUCUUCUACAGUUACCCAACUUUGGAAAAAUAUUCUAGGUCUACUGUGCGUGCGACUGUUGAUGCUGACAGGAAACACAAUCUUGGCUUUGAUGAUGGUAACGUGGACAGGAUCCCACUUAAUCAUGGACACAAUGCACAAAGUGAAACGUACAGCAGGGUCGGGCAUACCUUAUACAAGAUGGUGGAUCAUGCAAGAGGAAAUGGAGAGCAAAAUAAAUUUGCAUUGAUGAUAGAUGAGGCAGAACGUCUGCUGGCUGAGGAUAUCGAGAAGGAAAGUGGUGAGUUACCAAAGGAGGGGGAGAAGAAAAUUGAGCCUGAACCGAAGCGAAGGGAUACUACCUAUAAUAAAGAUAGGACAAUAACACGACACCAGCGCUAUGUGGAUGAACCCAUCGAUGCUCACGAGUAUGAUUACCUACUUAAGCCACAUGCCUGUUCGAAGGUGGAUGGGAAAAGGUUGAAAAUGUUUCUCAUAUUCAUUGUAAGUACAGCACCCUGGAACUUCGAGAGAAGGAUGUUGAUCCGAAACACGUACGGAAACAAGCGCAAGUGGCCCCUGCUUUCUUCCGGCACUUUCCGGACAGUCUUUCUUCUCGGUGCAGUUGGUAAUCAGACGCUCCAGAACACGAUCCGGAGCGAACAUGAAACCUACAGGGAUAUCGUCCAGGAGGAUUUCCUAGACAGCUACGGAAACCUGACGUUGAAGACGGUCAUGGGACUGAAGUGGGUGACCAACCACUGCAGACAUGCCAGAUACACCAUGAAGAUAGACGACGACACCAUGAUCCAUCAAGAGAAACUACUUCAGCUGCUGAAGUAUGCACCGGCUGUGAACUUCACAGCGGCAGGAACACUGAUCAAGACCCCGGUGAUACGAGACAGAAGAAACAAGCACUACAUCUCAGAGACCUAUUACCCCUCGCCUACCUACCCCCCUUAUCUCAAUGGACCAGGGUACCUGCUAUCGACUGACCUAGCAGAAGGAUUAUACAAGGUGGCCGUCAGAACUCCCUUGUUUCCAUGGGAAGAUGUAUUCUUGGGGAUUUGCCUGAAGCAGCUUGGGAUAAUACCAAGAGUAUAUCGCAACUUCAUAUUCAUCCAAGCCAGGGAGUUUCAUAACAAGGCUAGAUUAGUGGACAUGUUUUUAAAACACCGCACCGUGGUCUCGAACCUAGCUCCCGAAGACAUGAUGCUUAUGUGGACCAUAGGAUCAAUUGAAUAAUCAAUAUGACUUGAUUCGUCUUAUAAGGAUUCGGAUAUAUAUCAACUGGCUUUAUAUAGCUUGUAGCUGCUGUUACAAUUUGCGGUUUGUUACCAUGGUAAUGCAGUACUAUAAUAAAGGCGACUUUCAAUAUUCUCUUCUUCGUUUACUGGUCCAUUCGCCGCUUCGCAGAAAUUAUUAACUUCAUGCAAUAUUAUUUGUUUAGACAAAUGAUUUUACUACGAACUAGCUUCUCAUUUUUGUCACACUCAAUGUUGGUUCAUAUAUCUCGCGAUUUCCUUUAAUUUUCCUUUGAGGUAGUCGAUAUACGUCUCUUUGAGCUGACUAUAGAAAUUAAAACUUGUGUCCCACGACAUUUUAAA